UUUUCUUUCUCAAGAACUGACUCAACUGAGACCUCCUCCAUUCACAAGGAUGAAGACGCCGAUGACACAGCUCGACGACGAAACGGUGCGCAGCAUGGCCAUUGGAGCCGUUUUCCCAGACUUUGGUGGGAAGAUAAAUUCACUGGAUUUUCACCGCAAGGAUGAUUUACUGGUUACGGCUAGCGAGGAUGAUUCUGUGCGACUCUAUGACAUUGCAACUGCUAAGUUGCUAAAGACCACAUUCCAUAAGAAACAUGGAGCAGAUCGUAUAUGCUUUACCCAUCACCCAAGUUCUGUUAUAUGCUCUUCAAAACACAAUCUGGAUGCCACUGGAGAAUCACUGCGGUAUCUGUCAAUGUAUGAUAAUCGAUGCCUUCGCUACUUCAAAGGACAUAAAGAGAGAAUUGUUUCCCUCUGUAUGUCUCCAGUCAACGAUAGCUUCAUGUCUGGUUCGUUGGACCACACUGUCAGAAUAUGGGAUCUCCGUGUAAAUGCCUGCCAGGGAAUUUUGCAUCUACGUGGUAGACCUACAGUUGCCUAUGACCAGCAAGGUCUUGUUUUUGCUGUGGCAAUGGAAGGGGGUGCGAUUAAAUUGUUUGAUUCACGUUCCUACGACAAGGGUCCAUUUGAUACCUUUUUAGUUGGUGGAGAUACUGCUGAAGUUUGUGAUAUCAAGUUUAGCAGUGAUGGCAAAUCAAUGCUCUUGACAACCACAAAUAACAACAUCUAUAUUCUGGACGCAUAUGGAGGAGAGAAGCGCUGUGGGUACAGUUUGGAACCAUCUCCUAACGUAAUAAUAGAGGCAACUUUUACCCCAGAUGGCCAGUAUGUCGUGUCAGGCUCUGGAGAUGGAAACUUGCAUGCCUGGAGCAUCAACAAGCGGAACGAGCAGGUGGCAUGCUGGAACAGUCACAUUGGAGUUCCAUCUUGCUUGAAGUGGGCUCCCCGCAGGGCCAUGUUUGCUGCUGCAUCAUCUGUUCUUACCUUUUGGAUACCUAACGACUCAAACGCCGAGCCGACUCGCAUGGACACCGAAGCCGGUGUUGAAGCCGAGCAUCCGUCUCAGUAAAACCCUUUUGAGUUAGUUCCUCCUAUUAAUUUCAUAUGCUUCCAAUGUUCUUCAAUUGGCAUUGGUUUGUUUGUAGGGUCAGAGUAGUCUAGCCCCUUGAGAUCAGUUUAAACUUAAAUAUACCAUAAAAAAGAAAAAAAGGCUUUCAGAUGUACAAUAGUUUUUUUAUGGACAGAAACGGCUGUGUGUUUACUUAUUA